AUGACCCCUCAGUGUUACGCCUACUCCUCAGACCAAGCGAGGCGCGGGCGCCGGACUCAGUCCCGCCGCACAGCCGCAGGCGACCCGCCGCGCUGGCUGCUACGGGCCCCGGAGCCUGCGGGCGCUACCAAGGAGAGCUCCGGACGCCUUGGCCGAGGGGCGCGCCCUGCUGGCUGUCGCGCGAUUCCAUUGGGUCGCAAGCUGGGACGUGGCGCGGAGCGGAGCGUCCGGGAGCAGCUGGAGGCGGGCUGCCGGGAGGAGGUGGCCCUUGCCGGCGAGUUCAGCGACAUCCAGGCCUGCUUAGCCACAUGGAAGACUGAGCCUGUGCAUUCCACCCAGGCUGGCAGUCGGCCAGGGAAUGUGAGGAAAAACCACCACAAAGAUGUGCUUCCAAAUGAUCAGGCACCAGUGGUCCUGUCCCUGCUCCAGGAGGAGGGACACGGCCACUACAUCAAUGGCAACUUCAUCCAAGGAGCAGACGGAAGCCGGGCCUAUAUUACCACACAGGGACCCCUGCCUCACACCUUGCUAGACUUCUGGCGCCUGGUCUGGGAGUUUGGUGUCUCCGUGAUCCUGAAGGCAUGUCGAGAUAUGGAGAAUGGGCAGAAAAAGUGUGAGCAUUACUGGGACCAAGAACAGGAACCACUACAGAUUGGACUAUUCUUCACUGUGCUGACAAGGGAGACAUGGCUGAACACAGACAUCAUACUCAGGGCACUUUAGGUCACCUUUCAGAAGGUCCUGCUCAUGUGUCCUCUUUCUCUCCACAUGAUCCCACCUAACUGCAGCCUCUUCAGCGUGGUCCUGGAGAUGAGAAAGCAGCGGCCUGUAGCUGUGCAGACAAAGGAGGAGUACAGGAAUAGGAACCUAGUGGUUCAGAUGUUCUUCUCAGCACUCCACACCUCCAGCCCCCUUUACCAGAACUUCAAGGAGGUACCAAGGCCUCUGCCUACUGUCUUCCUGUCCACCAUCAAACACCCUCAAGACUAG